AUGAAGGAGAAGUUGAAAGUUGACCUUCGUUCACAUAGAAUAUGUCUUACAACCGAUACUUGGAUAUCGGUUCAAAAUGUGAAUUACAUGGUGUUGACUGCCCACUUUGUGGAUUCCGACUAUAAAAUGCACAAAAGGAUCCUAAAUUUUUGUGUAAUUGAUAGUCAUAAGUGGGAGAGCAUUGGGAAAUUGCUUGAAAAUUGUUUGAUUGAUUGGGGACAUGAGAAGAUACUCACAAUUACUGCAGAUAAUGCAGCUGCCAAUACUAAGGCAAUUGAAUAUGUGAGGAAGAAAAUAAAUGGGUGGAAAGAUUCGAAUAGUGUGUUGGGAGGAGUUCACAUGCAUAUGAGGUGUAGUGCUCAUAUAAUCAACUUGAUAGUUAAGGAGGGCUUGAAGAGAUUAGAAAGCUCAAUUGUGGCAAUCCGUAAUGCGGUUAAGUUUGUGAGGUCCUCACCUUCUCGGUUGAGUUACUUCAAAAUGUGUGUUGAGACGGAAAAAAUAGAGUGCAAGGGGUUGGUGGUGAUGGAUGUGCCCACUAGGUGGAACUCCACUUAUUUGAUGCUUGAUGCGGCAUUGAAAUUUCGAAAAGCUUUUGAUAGAAUGGGGGAUGAUCCCGAUUCUUCCUACUUAAUGUACUUUAAGGAAGAUGAAGGAGAUGACAAGAGAAUUGAAGGCAUUGAAGGAAGUGGGAAAGGGAAGGGAAAGUCUAAGACUAAUAAGAGGGUGGGUCCACCUAGUGAUGAAGAUUGGGAAAAAGCCGUGACAUUUGUGAUGUUUUUGAAGACCUAUGAUGUUACUUUGAAAAUUUCAGCUUCUUUGCAUCCAACAUCACACUCAACCUUCCAUGACUUGCUUGCCAUAGAUGGGGAGAUUCGGGAGUUGUAUAGAUAUGAUGUUACAAUUCCUAUUGAAGAACGGACAACCAUGGAUACUAUUUUAAAUGAUAUGGCGGCUUCAAUGAAGAAGAAAUAUGAUAAAUAUUGGGGUGAACUUCAUAAAGUGAACCCAUUCUUGAUGAUAGGAGUUGUGAUUGACCCCCGAUUCAAGCUUCACAAUUUGAAGCACAUCUUUGAAGAAAUAUUUGAAAAUGAUCCUACUUGUGAUAGAUUGGUGGCUCAAAAGACAAAUGAGGUGAAACAACUUCUUAUGAAUAUGUCGUAA